ACAGAGAGGCCGUGUUUCUGUUACGCGCUCGCGUAUCAGCCCACAAAACUCGCAGACAGGCGAAGAAACACAUUUAACUAUUUUACACUUUCGUAUAUUAAAAACUAUUUAAAAAGCUCUGAAUUAUUUUGCUGUUUACAGAGUUUGGUUAAGCCUCCUGAAGCCUCGGCGGAUUUAUAUAUUUAGAUAUUUAGAGAGAGAGAAGUAUAGAGAGAGAGGGAGGGAGAACGCGAUAUAGAGAGAGAGAUAGAUAAAGUGAGAAAGAGAGAGAGAAGGAGAGGGGGAGAGAAAGAUAGAGUGAGGGAGCUUAAGGGCGAGCGAUUAAGAGAGAAAGAGUGAGCGAUAUAGAUAGAGAGUGAGGGAGAGAGCGAUAUAGUGAUAGGUAGAGAGAGAGAGAGAGUGUGCGGUAUAGAGAGAGAGAGGGAGUGAGAGCUAGAGAGAGAGAGAGAGAGGCGCUCGCGCCGACACAGUUGAUUUUCGCGCGUUAUAAGAUCUGAAUUAGCUGCUGGGUACAGCGGGGUGGGGGUCUCUCUGUUUUCGUUUGUUUUUGGUUUGUAUCGCUCCGGCCGGUGAGUUUAUGCCCCCAGGGCCAGUGGGAGGAUGAUAGCCGGAGGGCCGCUUCAGCACAACGGGCUGCAGCCGCUCACCGAGCCGGAGAGCCUCGACUCCCGCAAGAGACCGUUAGAAACUCCGGCCGAGGCGGCGGGGAGCACCAAGAGAACCAACACCGGGGAAGAGGGUGAGUACUUCCUGAAAGUGCUGAUCCCCAGCUAUGCGGCCGGUUCGAUUAUCGGUAAGGGAGGACAGACCAUCGUCCAGCUACAGAAAGAGACCGGAGCCACCAUUAAACUGUCCAAAUCUAAAGACUUCUACCCAGGUACGACGGAGCGUGUGUGUUUGAUCCAGGGCACUGUGGAGGCGCUAAACGGAGUGCAUAACUUCAUCGCUGAGAAAGUGCGCGAGAUGCCACAGAGCAGCCAGAAGAGUGAACCAGUCAGCAUCCUCCAGCCCCAGACUACUGUUAACCCAGACCGCGUCAAACAGGCCAAGCUAAUCGUACCCAACAGUACGGCGGGGUUGAUUAUCGGUAAGGGCGGAGCCACCGUGAAAUCCGUGAUGGAGCAGUCAGGUGCAUGGGUGCAGCUCUCCCAGAAGCCUGAGGGCAUCAACCUGCAGGAGCGCGUGGUUACUGUCAGCGGUGAGCCUGAGCAGAACCGCAAAGCCGUGGAAAUUAUCGUGCAGAAGAUCCAGGAGGACCCGCAGAGCAGUAGUUGCCUAAACAUCAGUUACUCCAACGUCACAGGCCCCGUGGCUAACUCCAACCCUACCGGCUCUCCUUAUGCUAACAGCACCGAGGUCUUACCCAACGCCGCUGCUGCCACAGCCUCCACUCUGUUAGGUCAAGCAGGCCUGGCCGGAAUGGGUGGCUUCCCAGCGGCCAUGUCCAGCUUCUCCGGGAAUGACCUGCUGGCCAUCACGUCAGCCCUGAACACUCUAGCCAGCUAUGGCUACAACACCAACACACUGGGGCUUGGCCUGAAUCCAGCUGCUGCGUCUGGUGUGCUAGCCGCAGUCGCCGCCAGCGCUAACCCUGCAGCUGCCGCAGCGGCUAACUUGCUGGCCUCCUACGCCAGCGAGGCUUCAGGAGGAGCAGGUCACCCUGCUGUACCAAGCCUAGGGGGCUUUUCCUUAGGUUCUCUAGCGGCCGCGACAGGGGCCUCCAAUGGCUAUCUUAACCCAUCAUCCCCACUGGUGGCGUCAUCACUGCUGGGGACAGAGAAGCUCGGAGAGGGAGGCAAGGAGGUGGUGGAGAUUGCUGUGCCCGAGAACCUGGUGGGUGCCAUCUUGGGAAAAGGCGGGAAGACUCUGGUGGAGUACCAGGAGCUGACGGGGGCACGCAUUCAGAUCUCCAAAAAGGGCGAGUUCAUCCCCGGUACGCGCAACCGCAAAGUAACCAUCACAGGGUCUCCUGCAGCAACACAGGCCGCCCAGUAUCUCAUCAGCCAGCGGAUCACGUAUGAGCAAGGCGUCCGCGCCACAAACCCGCAGAAAGUGGGCUAGAGACAGAACCGGAACGGGGGGGAGGGGAACAGCAAGGAAAAGGACACAAAAAAGAAAGAAAGAGAACGGACAAACAUACGAUCAGAAGAAGAAAAGGCAGGGAAGAGGGUGGUACUGACAAAGGCAUACAAGAACAAGUUCAAAUUUCAGAGGCAAGAAAACAAACAAACAAAAAAAAAAUUGAACGGUUGUGGGGAAAUUGUGUGGGGAAAGAAGUGUGAAUCUGUGAAUAUGAAAUUUGUGACUGAAAUUCUGCUGUUUUAUUUUAUUUUUUAAACUCGUGUCAAGUGGUGUGAAUUGUGAGGGUCUGAGUACUGAACCCUGUGGCACUCCGAGAGGGAGGAGUCUUAGAACCUUACCUCCUCUCUCUCCCACAGCCAGGGGCCAGAUAGGUUCAGUUUUGUUUUUCCGUCAUUGGCAGAGCUUGUACAAAUUAGUUGAACUACUUGACAGAGGCCUCAACCUGGGAGAUGGGUUUACCUAGUGACCCCUUCUUUGGGUCAGUUUAAAAUAAGUGAUAGCACUCUUUACAGAUAACACACAGUAUAGGUUUUCGGCCUAUGUUUGAAGCAGUCUGGCAGUCUGGUUGGGUUAUCCAUUUAAGCAGAAGCUAAGCAGAACCUUAGAAACAUUUUGUUGCCUCCUGUUCUCGCCAGCUUGUGUCAAACAGGGCAUGAACAGACGCGCUCGCUAGCCGCUUCAGAUCAACAUUACCGGCUUUCUUCUGUUAAUCGGACAGCUCUGAUUUUUCUCUACCAUGGUUGGUUCCAUAUGACCUCACCCUGACGCUUUUAGAUAUUACCUAAACCUGUGAACCCAGGUUGACCUGAAUGUAUAAAGACUUACUAAUCUUGAUAUUUUUUAUAUGUGAAGAGAGGAUCAAACCGAGUCUCCGUUUAGCAUCGACAGCUAAACUCAGUCGCAGAAAGGCAGACAGACGACCGCUGUCGAAAGGUCAGGCGCUCUGUUUGAGAGUACGGGAAUGUAUACACACACAAACACACAUCCACACACCUUGCAAGUGCAGUUUAGUUAGUGGACCCCUCUUUGGUGCUAUGAGAAAUUCACUGAUGAUUAAACUUUGGGGAAAUUUCAUGUUCUUAUCUAUAGAUUUUAGCAUUUGAGGGGUUUCUUGCCUCUAAUUAUUAAUUGAAAGCAAUUUUGUGAUUUGGUCAUAAUGCCAUUUCGGAGCAAACAAGCCACACAUUAGAGACAUUAGACACAUUAGACUCUUUCUUGCUAUUCAAACACCCACUAAUCUCUAUGUGAGAGAACUGACACAGCACUGAAUCAAGUCGGUUGAUCUAAGACUUUCAAAUCUUGCACUUGAAAAAUAAGUAGACCUGAAUGGACACAGGUCACACCUCUAAACUGCUCUUCUUCUUGUGACUGGAGGCUUCAGGUGACAGCCAGGCACAGUAAUAUCACCUUUAUUCAAUUAACACCUACAGUAUUACACCACAGUAAUCACUCGUAGGUGUUAAAUACUGGUGAUUUAUAACUGUGGGUUCUUUCUUUUCGGUUUUUAGGUUUCUUUUUUGUACGAACUGAGCUCAAGCUGAUAUACCUCAUGUUUGGACAGAAUGGGAAAGGAACAGAUUUCCAGUUUGUAUGCAGUUUAAUGAAGCCCUCGGUUGCGUUCCAGUUGUUGCCUAUUUCACUGCUGAGCGAACUGUUCUUGAUGUCAGGCUGUCUGCAGAGGUCUGACAGUGGAAGGGAGUAAGCGUAUACAAUGAGACACAGCCUUCAUAACAAUAAUAACAAUAAUAAGCUGUUAUCCACACUGAUGCUGGUGUGAGCUAUCUGGCCCAGUGUAGACCCGUGAAUUACCGAGUUGAACAGAGGCCAUCCUCGUCUGAGAAACUGCACAUUGCAGGCUUUAGCCUUUCCUGCGCAGGUCUCCAUGUCUUGGACACUCUGCAGAGCGUUUAGCCCAAACGCUGUUGUGACGUUACACCCCCCUGCCCACAAUCGUCUCACCGUCCAUAGUGUUGUAGGAUGCGUUCUCUGAAAAACAGCAUGGCAGAGUAAUAAAUAGCUUUUUUUGAGAACAGUUGCACAUACAGGAUCAAUGUUUCUGCUGCUAACUGCAUUUUAUUUUAGUCCAGCUUGGGAGAUAUGAGAUACAGAACGUGCAGGGACUCUUGUACAGAACAAAAAAAAUAAGGCGAUCUCUUUUAAACCACACUGUGAAUUGAGCGGCCGAUGCCAUCAUAAACUCUGGAAUGUACUGUACAUAUUACACCGUUUGUUAACACAGCACGGCAGGGCUAAGCAAAGAACCAGAGUGAGCACAAAGACACCGUGGUGGCAGGGGCUGAUCCGGUUCGCCUGUAGAUACGUCUCUACCACGGAACUGUAGCCUGAGACAGUUCUUCUGUUGUGCCAUGGACAAUUUUGCAAUGGAGGCGUGGUCUGAAGCGGUACUGCCGUGGAACCAUGGUCUGAAACAGUCCUGCUAUGGUUUUAGAUAAGACGGUUCAGCAAAGGAAUCCUGGUCUAAAACUGUUUUGCUGUGGUAAGACAGUUCAAACACAGAAUCCUGAACUCUGUGACACUUCUGCCAUGAAACUGUGGUCCAAAACAGCUUUCAUGUAGAACCAUGGUCAUAGAUUAUUUAACCAUGAAAUCCUGGUCUCUGACAGUUCUAUCUUGAUGCCAUGGUCUGACAAAUCUGUUUUGAAACCGCAGUCUGAACAGUCAUCAGACAGUUCAAUCAAGGAUUCCUAGUCUAAACUGCUCUGCCAUGAACACAUGGUUUGAAGAACUUCUGCUUUGGAACCGUGUUCUUAGGUCCAACUGUAGAAUCCUGGUCUGAUGCACUUUUGUGGAACCCGGGUUAGAACCAGUUUUGUCAUUAAACCAUGAUCUAACAGUUCUGUCAGACUGGUUGUCUUAGAUGGCUCUUCUAUGUAGCCUUGGUUCUACCAUGCAACUGUAAAACACCACGUUUUUUGACAUGGUACCAUGCAAAAGUGACCUGAGAUGGUUCUGCCACCUAGUACGAGAGAUGUUCGGGGUCACUGUCUAACCGCUUGGCAUUCAGACCCAUCAUUAAUUAGCAGAUCUUCAUUUGAACCGUGGUCUUCUAUAUAUAACCGUAUGGCUAUGCCCAAUCUUCUACUGACCUAAAUACACAUGCACAAAGACAUUCAUCAACUGCCUCCAAUUCCCAGACCCUAAUCUGCUUUGCAACGGGAGGGGGAGCGGGGUGACAGAAACAUCGGGGGAGAGAGGGAAGGAGAGUGAGCGAAGGAGAGAGAGAGAGAAAGAAAAAGAUCUAUUUAUGUGCAUUGCAUAAUUGAGAUAAAGAUUGCCAUAAGAAAUCAUAUCCCCAUCUUUCUUGCAUGGCGCUUUUGACAGGCAGUUUAUCAACAAACCAUUUUACGAUAUUCAUCCUUGCCACGACUCCUUGUUGCCGAGCGAGGAGCAAUUACUGUAUUUUAUCGGUUUUGGGCUAAAUAAUUCAUUUUUGAGAUUGGAGAUGAAAGCGUGUAUGCAAUUUCAGAAGCACAAGCACAGCACGACUGCUGCAGCAGUUUGAGUCCUGCAUCGCUGCUGUGCAUAUUAUUGGCAAAAAGGAAAAUUUAACAAGUUGGGGAAAUAGAGAUUUUUAAUAAAACUGCAAGCGUGUUAGCUACUCUAACAGAAGUGAUGGAGAGAACUGUCUCAUUCUCCUAUCUCUCUCUCUAUAUAUACCUCUGUCUCCUUUCUCUUUUACUACCUCUUUGCUCUCUCUUUACUGGUGGCCUCCUUUCCUCCUUCGUUCUGUCUUGUUUUUGCCCUCUCUCUGUCUCUGAUCCGCAAUUGCCUUGUUUUUUUUUUCUUAUGCUUCUCUUUUCGCUACUUCUCUCCUUUCAUCCUCCUCCCUCUCUUCUCUGUACUCCUCCUCCACUCUCUGGUUAAUGCUGGCAGCUGAUUUGCUCUUUCCGGGGCUGAACUGCACUCGUGUUCAGACGUUCCAACCCAAUCCAAUCCGGGGCAGCGGACGACUGUUGGAGCCCGACACCGCAAGCACUUUGCCAUUAGACUGUGCCGCCGAUCCACAAGCUCACAUCCUGUCUGUGAAAACUCGAAACUUUUGUAUCUCUACCUAACACCAUCUCCCGGUAGAUGUUGGCCUUGUUACGGCUGGUCUAGGAUCAGUUCGCCCUACCCAAACCCUGACCUUCAUAACCACUAUUCGAGAAAACCUCUAAACUGGACUCAGAUCAAUGUGAAAGACUUUCCGUUGUCAUUGUGCCGGCACCCUGAAACGCAGGGCCUGGACAUCCGUCAGAGCCGGGAGCUAAGCACCAGAGUGUAGAACUCUGGGUUGGAAAAAGGGACAAAACCUCAAGCUCAAACGAUGACGUCAGUGUCGUUUGCAUCCUGCGCUCACUUUCUCCUCUCGCUCUAGGAGAACGGUCUGAGGUCAGUUUUUCUUUCUCCCUUCUCCCCGCCCCCCUUUUUUAAUGAAAACUGUGGAUUCCGUCCUGUCCCAUGGUCUACGUGGAACUUAAGUGUCGUUCUCUAGUUUGUAGUCUCAAUGCAGUUGUCUUGCGCCGUGGGUUUCAGUGUGUGAACUCCGUUAUACUCGUGUGUAUGACGACAGUGCCAAUCGAGCCAGAUUAAGAUUAGCUUUCGCCAUUUGUUCGUGCAUUAGAAAUGCUCUAAUCGGAGUGCUGGUGUCCACAUCAACGUCACUGAUGAUUUUAGAUCUACAUAAAGAAAAUGUAAAGAAAUAUUGGAAGCAAUAUUGUAGCAUGUUGUCCAGUUUUUUGUGUUUUUGUUAUGUCCGUUGUAUGAACCCUUGGAUUUAAUACGAUUUUGAAUGAAUAGGUUUACAUGUACUUUUUUGUAAUACUGUAAGUUAAAAAAUAAAAAAAUGCUGCUAUUUGAUAAGUGAAAUAUACGAGAAAUAUUUUAGUUGAAAAGAUGUCUGAUCUGUUCAUUAGAGUUAUGCUCGUUUUUGGCAGGAGCACAAACGAGGUGUAUCGAUACUAAUAACAUAGUCAACCUGUGCCAGAUUAGAGCCAUGCAGCUUCUCGACAUGUAGACGUGUGAUCAAGCAUUUUAGAUAUCGAUAACUUUAGACGCAUCGAUCAAGUGCCAAUCAAUCAAUACCUUUUAGUUUAAACAAAAAGAUAAUCAAAAGAGUAAAAAAAAACAUGAAAAAACAUGAACAAAGAGCAAUGUCAGUGUUGUUUUUAACUCCAUAGUUGCAUAGAGAAUAAUAAUAAUAAUAGUUCUUUUAUGCAUAAACAUGGUUUUUUAUACACUCGGUCGAAAAAGCAUCCUGUGCAUUUGUUUGACUUGUGGCUUCCACGCAGCUCUUCCUUCAUAUUCUCUCUGUAGGUCGGCAUGGAGUAGGCGUAAACAUGUUAUAAUCAUGUCGUAAAACGCGUUAUUAAGCAUUCAUAACAUGUCCCAUUUAUGAAAGUGUGUUUCGUGGAGUUAGAUGUUUAUCUUUUUUGCACGUCUCUAUUGCAUGAUAUCCAAGUGAAUUAAUGGGGGGCGGGGAAUCAAAACUAACAUUUAAAAAAAAUCUUAAAAAAAAAAAAUCCAGAAACUAACAUUAAGUUGACUGUCUGGGAUCAUUCUGAGAAACAGUUUUGCAUGUGGCACAGAUCGAAACACUUUCUUUCCGUUAAAAGCUUCAUUUAUAUUUUUAUGCAUUCUUUUCUGACAGAGAUGGGAAGAGCUUUUAUGCCUUUAAAAACUGUACUGUAACCAUAGCAACUGGAACCGCACUGGAAAAAAAGAAAUGUUGGAUCAACAAAAAGAAGAAAAGAUAACAUCACAGCCGAAAGGUUUAAAGCAGAUCAAUGAUGAUUAAUGACUUUUUUUAAGUGAUUCAUCUUCAUUGAGCCAAUUUAGAAAUCUUUGUUGUGAUGUUUUUUAAAAGAAGUGUAUUAAUUUGUUAAAAUCUGCAUAUUUUACAGUGUGGGGACAGAAAUAUGCUGGCCUGCCAUUUGCAGGAAAGAUUCCCAUGCAUGCAAACAUCUGUUACGUAACGUUAUACAGCGUAAUGUUGUAAAGCUUAAUGCUAUACAGUGUUACAGUGUAUGGUGUUACAUUAUGCAGAGUUAUGUUAUGCAACGUUGAAAUGUUACACAGCAUUGCGUUAUAAAGCACUACAUUAUACCAUGUAACAUUAUGUUAUGGGUACACAGUGUAAUGUCAUACAGCACUGCAUUGCACAGCAUUGCGCUCUUCACCUUUACGUUAAGAUACAGUGUUACAUUAUAUAGCAUUACCUAAUACAGCAUAACAUGAUAACAGCAUUACUUUAUUCUUUGUUUGAUUAUACAGAGUCAUGUUAUACAGUAUUACACACUGCAAUAUGUUACAUUGCAUUGGAUUCUACCUUUCGUCACUCGGUUUUAAGAUAUUGCUACUUAUCUCGUGGUUUGAUUCUCCUAACCCCAGAUGUAAUUUAUGAAUGUAUUUGCAUUUUUACAUAAAAUGAUAACAGAAUGUUAUUUCAGUGUUCCGUGUCUGUAGGUGGAGGCUGUUUUAAACUCAUGUAGCGGUAUGUGUCAGUGUACGAAAGGCCCGACGCCACAUUAGCGCCCGUUUUUUAAUCUCCUGACAGCCAUUUUCUCCCUUUCCUUUUUUCUCGUCGUCCGCUGUGGCAUCGAAUGCACUUUACUGAGCAUUAGGUUCCCAUCCCAACUCACACACACAUACAUACAUACAUACAUACAUACGCACACACACAUACAGUUUGAACCUCCUGGAUGCAAAACUGAAACCAAGCAACCUGUUUUUAAAACAUUGGAAACCUUUGACAGUGCUGUUUUUCUUGUUGCUCUUGUUGUACUUUUUUUUUGUUUGUACGUUUGUUGCUGUUAUUGUUAUUAUUAAUAUUAUUAUUAUUUGACUGUUUGUACAAAAGAAGAAAAUCAGUUGUACUUUUUUUUAAUGUGUUGAUUUUUUUGUAUUUUUUGUUUGUACGUUUGAGGGAGAUUUGAAGGAGUGUGUGAGAGAUUCCAGCAUCCCGCCCCACCCCUGCCGUCUCCCCUACUGCAUUCCCUUCAGUAUGUUUGUGUGUGUGUGUGAAACAGAGAGAACGAGUGUGUGUAUGUGUUCGUGUCUGUAAUUUACUGACACACAAGCGCUUGUUUUUUGUUGUUGCCUAUUGUCUAAAUCAAAUGCUUUGAAUGUGAAAGGUGUUUUUUUUUUUUUUAAUCUGUAAGUUAUGUUCAUUGAAGAGGAAUGGAAAAAUAAAACAGAGAAACCUCUCGAAAAAAAAAAAAAAACUAACUAAACACGUUUCGGCACUAUCGAUCAGCACAAUGAAAAAUGGAACGGGUUAGGAUAUGCUGCUGGAUCAUGUUCUUCCAGAUUACAGUUAUUUUUGUCUGUCUCACACAGUGAUACAACAACACAACAAACCUAGUGACCAAAACCACAGCGGUCUUUAUGUUAACAUUGACAAUAUUCAAGCAAUAGAAUAUUAUUACUAAAAUGUGAAGUGAGAUGGUGUGGAUAUAAUGUGCUGAAUAAAACCUGAGUGGCACAUUCAAUUAACCAUUGACCCAAUCAUCAGGAGAUCGCCGGUUCGACUCUUGGUGAUGCCACAGCCAUACGUGGCUGGGAGUUCCAGAGGGCAUAACUGACCUUGCUCUCUCUCUCUGUUUCGUUCACCGUGUGACUAGAAUGGCUGGUGUCCAAAAAUGUAGCGCCGAAUUUUCAGUACUCUGUAACAAUCCCACAAAGCACCGUAAAACGCUUAUUAAAGAAAAUAUUUUUUUUAUGCCAAUGAUGUUGCAUUAGCAGCAAUAUAAAAAGACAUGAGCUGUGUCUGAAAUGGUGUCCUAUACCUUAUUCUCUACAUCUAAAAAAAAUCCAGAGUAAAUGCAAAUCUUUUAACUAAAUGGUUUCAUGUAGUUUCUCUGAUUUCGCUGUUCAUAGGUAUAUGUUUGAGUAAAAUUAUAUUCUAUAAACUACAGACAACAAUUCUCCCAAAUUCCACAUAAAAACUUUGUCAUUUAUUUGCAGAAAAUGAGAAAUGGCUGAAAUAACAAAAAGGAUGCAGAGCUUUCAGACCUCAAAUAAUGCAAAGAAAACAAGUUUAUAUUAGAAAGUUUUAAGAGUUCAGAAAUCAACAUUUGGUGGAAUAAUCACAGUUUUCAUGCAUCUUGGCAUGUUCUCCUCCAUCACUCUUACACACUGCUUUUGGAUAACUUUAUGCCACUCCUGGUGCAAAAAUUCAAGUAGUUUAGCUUGGUUUGAUGGCUUAUGAUCAUUUUCAUUAUAUUCCAGAGGUUUUCAAUUUGGUAAAAUCAAAGAAACUCAUCACUUUAAGUGUUCUCUUUUUUUUUUCCAGACCUGUAUGUACUGUCAUUGUUAAAAAUAUUUGGGCGGGUGUCUGUAUCUUCAAGGCAAGCUCUUGAGAUGGCAGCAGUAUGUUGACUAGCAUUGUCAUGUUGGAAUUACACACCAGAAAAGGAGAUUAACUAUUAGUUUAAAUAUUUUUUUUAUGUAAGGUGGUUUGUGGGAUUGUUGCUGGUUAGGACACCGCUAAUCCCAACAAAGUAGUGCACUAUACACAAUAGGGCACAUUUUUGGACAUCAUAGCCUGGCUUCAAAUGAGAGGAAGUGCAUGCUACCCACUCACUCUCCAGCGCUGGUAGCACCUAUCAUGUAAUCAUGGAAAUACUAGAUAGUAGGCUGAAGAGAAUAUUAGUGAAGAAAAAAAAACUCUGAUAAGGGGUGUAGAGAGGCCUGCAGCUAGUGUGUAAGGCCAGAUCAUGCUCUCACACACACACACAGGUGACACUGCUGCCGCACUGCAGUGUGGCUGUGUGGUGAGGACAUAAUUAUGAUGAAUGGAGCGGCGUGUGUUAGUCAGACACUGUGUGCGUGUGUGUACGUGACGCUGCAUCUGAAAGCGAAUAUAACAGCACAUUUAACAUUACGGCACGAUAAAAAGGAGGAAAUACACGUAGUAGUAAUAAUAAUAAUGAUAAUAAUAAUAACAUAAAUAAUAAUAGCUGUGGUACUUAUUUUGUUCACAUUCACUACUACUGCAAACAACCACCCAUAAAGGCACUAUUAUGAGGUUAUAUGAAGCAGGCUGGUGUUGAAUGUAAUUAUCUAUGAUUACAGGGUACCACAAGCAUACCUGCCUGCUUGAUUUAUUUGGAAUGUCAUUUUUAUUUCUUCAAUUAUUUCCCAAAACAUUUUUUUUUAACACAUACAGUAUAUUUAUAUUUAUUUUUUAUUUUGUAGUCAGACCAGAGUAUGGGGUGUUCUCCUGAAACACGACAAAUCCUACCAAAAAUGUGUUUGAAUUAAAAAUUUAAAUUGUUGAAUUUGAUAUUUGCUUCAAAAUAAUAAAUAAAGAGACUAGCAGCAGCAGAUUCAGAUUUUACUGAUAUUUUGGAUUGAUCCUUGAUGAUUCUGUUCCAAUUUCUUCUCGUUUAUAUCAAUUAUAUCAUAUGUUUGAGCAGGUGAAUGCUUAGAUCUGGCCGAUAUUUGAAGCUAAUAUUAAUGUAUUAAACUACAAAAGAGCAGAAUAGUAUUGUAAAGCUUGACAAGUGCUUUAUAUUUAUUUUACUGCAUUUAUAACAGUAAUAAAUGCUAUAUUUCUUACUUAAUGCUGAUCCAAAGGGUUUUUAUCCCAGUUUUUACAUUUUAAAUUUACCAUAACAGUGUAUUAGCGAGGUAUUAGCAUUGAAAAAAAUAUGGGCUAUUAUAAUAUGGGAGAUAUGGAAAUAGAACUAGGGUAAGCGCUUUUUGCUGUCUAAAAUGUUGCUCCUGCUGAUAUUUUAUGUUAAGUUAAAAUUAAUUAGUAUCUGUAUGAUAGAAAUACAGUAUGUUUCAUGAGAAUGCCCCACAUAUAGCUAGCUACCUGGGUGCUAGCGUUAGCACUCAGAGCCUCAUACACUGUCCUUAUUCCUGCUCUAACAGACUGCACCCAACCCACACAGAGAAACACACACACACACACACUGAGUGCUGAAGUAGAGCAGAACUAUUUCUAGAGUUCUUUCAGAGCUCAGUGUGUGCCAUAUGCAGCUGCAGUCUCUUUAUUUCUACAAAUUACAAACACACAUUCUGGCAUGCUAAGGAGAUUAGCAUGCUACGUUUGUUAUUAGUAUGGAAGCUAGCUGCUCCUUGUCUGUCUAGCUAAAGUACCAAUAAUGAGCCAACCUCCUCUGAGCCGAGUUGUGCUACCCAUUGUUGCGUGCUACUUAAGCGGUACUGCACAUGCGCAGACCCACAAUUGUUAAUGUUUUUUUUUUUCUUUCAUGUUAGUGUUUUUCAUUAUUGUUCUGUCUUCCUCUGGUACACUCUAGAAUCUGGGCAAACUGUGAUUAUUUGCUUGAGAGAAACAAAAGUGGAACUGGUGAUUCCAUAUAAAAAAAAUACACUGAUUCAGGCUGUCUAAAUAUCCUACCUAAUCUUCUGCUGGGAGCAUUUUCUGAGAUGGUGCUUUUAGCCUAUCGAAAUAUCCUACCUGCUGUUUUAAUCAGGCAGCUUAACUUAUAAAUAUACACUGUGGUAGCACGCUUUGACAAGGUAGCACAACUCAUCAGAACACCGGCUAUGUUUGAGGAAUUAAUACUUGUACGCUAACUGUGGCAGAAGGUGCAGAUGGAAGCUAAUGCUAACAUGACUUGCAUUUACAAUGUCCACAAUAGUGUCACUAGCUGACUGUUAACUAUGCGGUGACACCUGUUGCCAUCCUCGUUCAUUCAGUAGUCUUUACGGUAUCAGCUGUUCACGCAGCUCCCUGGAACGCGCCGCGUCUCGACGCCCACGAGGAGCUUUGACCCUUCACCUCAUGAACUCAUUCGACUCAUUGCUUCGCCUGACUUACUAAAGAAAACUAAAGUCUUUGCUCUCAUGCUGCUUUCUUCUAUUGCAUCCCCACAAAACAAUGGACUGGCAAAGGAACGUUGUGUUGCUGAUAUCAAUGGUGUGCUUGUUUUUGCCAUCACUGUCUGAUGGCAGUCAAAACAGAAUGGGACC